AUGGCGGACUCCGACGAAUCCAAACCCGUGGUGCCACAAUCGACCAAGCCGCUCAGCGAGGCUCUGUUGAACGACAAGUGGGACCGCGCCAUAUCCUCCAUGAUCAUCCGCUCCACCCUCGGUGUCUCGUUCGGUGUCAUCUUCUCAGUUCUUUUAUUUAAACGGAGAGCAUGGCCCGCAUGGAUUGGGUUAGGUUUCGGUGCUGGACGAGCCUGGGAAGAAGCAGAUGGUAAAUAA